ACAAACUCAAAAUGUUUAGGUACGCAUUCUAUAUUUUAUUCGCAUUCGUCGUUUUAUGCGAUCUAUAUAAAGCCCUUGCUGAAAUCAGGAACCAUCAGUGUCCCGAAAUAACACCUCACGACACACUAAAAGAAAGCGAGGAAGUUUGUCUAGUGGAACUAUCUCCACUGUUUGAACACAUUGCCAACCAGAAGAGGAUUGAAAAAGGCGGUGAAUAUUUAUUUAAUGAAACGCAGGGAGUGCUGGACAGGAUUGAAGGCCAUCAAGAAGUCAUCAGGAAGCAGUUGAUGGCCUUGCAAGACAGGAUCGAAAGCCAACUUACGGAGCUUCUGGAUAAAAUGGAUCAAGAGGUCAAAAUAAUGUCCCAGAAGAAAUCCUUGGAGGAAGCAGUUAACGCCCUUCGCCAUUCUCUAGAGUCAAAGGAAGUUCCCAAAAAAGGCACAUUCCAUCCUCAGUUCGAAAAGGUGGGCUCCAGGUACUUUUAUAUUGAGAAGAAUGUCGGGCUGGAUUGGUUCAGUGCUGCGAGGCGAUGUCGUGAGAUGGGCGGUCACCUGGCGGCACCUAAAGACGAGGAUGAACUCAACCUCAUCCGUCAGAAACUCGAUUCCAGGCGAUAUUGGCUGGACAUCAAUGAUCUGCCAAACAAAGACGAAUACAUUUCUUUGGCCUCCGGUGAGGCAGCCCCUUUUUUGAAAUGGAAUAAGGGGGAACCCCUUAAGAAUCCUAAUGCCCACUGUGUUUAUAUAUAUGACGGACACUAUUAUAAAUAUUUCUGUAUUGAUAGGAAUUUAUUCGUUUGCCAAGCCGAAGACCCCAAAGAUCAUAAUGAAAAUGAUGAUAAUAACCUCGAUAGCAAAAAGGGAAGCAAUAAUACGAAUGCUGAAACUCAUAAUAAAAAAAUAUUAAUGUACAUAUAAACAUUAAUAUAAAUGUAAAUAAGAGGAAUGAAACACAAAAAGAAAAUCCUGAAAAAAAUGAUAAAAAUGAUGAAAAACUAAAAAACAUAAUAAAAGAGGAAGUCGACAGGCUAAAAAAAGAGAUGGAAGAAAAACGACUAGAGGAAGAUAACAUGAGAAAAAAAAUAGAGGAGGAAAUAAGAAAGGAAAAGGAAA